GACAUUCCACCACCGCACUCGGUACCACUUUUGCACACAUCCUGAUUCUCUUGGUCUGGUCAUGGCAGCAAGAGCGAGUUCUCCAUGGCGGUCAUGGACCGCUUCGUCGUCACCACCGUCGUCAUCAUCAUCUUUGACGUCUUUGGUCAUGGCUACUCGGCUGACGGGCAAGUGUAGAAGAGGGUGUACGAGUCGUGCGCUGGUGCCGUACCUGCAGCUCUCGGGAGUGAUCAACGCUCACUCGGGCUGUGUCAAUGCCAUUGCCUUUACUCGUGACGGAUCGCGGCUGAUGUCCUCGGGUGAUGACACGCAGCUGCACAUCUGGGAGAUCGAUGCCGAGUUCGGAUACUCGGCGCCGAAAGGUCAGUAUGCCGCGUUGGACGUUCGGACGCGGACGAGGAUCGAGCGUCGACGUGCACGUCGAGCCGAGAUGCAGGCCGAGCGAGCUCGGUCUUCGGCGGAGGGUGCUGCCGAGGUGGCGGUGAGUGGUGGCGGCGAGGUCAGCAACAACGAAUACGACUCGCUUGACGACGAUGACGAUGACGACGACGACCCCCUCCACCGUGGGUGUGGGAGCCACAAUCACUGAGCCGCACCGAUGAUGGGGCGCGUGACACCCCGGUCAUUGCGAUUCCCACCGGCCACCGCGGCAAUGUGUUCAAGGUCCUGGACCUCCCCGAGGCGUCCGAGGCGCUGGUAGUGACGGUGGCGGGCGACGGGUACGUCCGAGUGCAUGCUAUCGAGGCACGGGGGCAAGCGAGGGCAAUGCGUCGCGCACGCUCGGACAGCAUCCGAUGCGGGCGCAUGGCCUCUGCCGGGCGCCGGCGUGGCCGGGUUGCGUCUUUUCGUGCGGAGGGCAGGGGACGGUCAUGCUGUUUGACGUCCGCGCCCGCUCGGCCGAACACAUCAUGUCGUUUACCUCGGGCCGGUCGAUAAUCAACUCGAUCUCGGCCGAUCCGACCGGCGGCUACUCGCUGGCUGUCUCGGGCUCGGGCCCGUUUGUCAACAUCUUUGAUGUGCGCAUGGCCCGCGAGGCCGACGAGGCGCCGCGGCUGCGGACGCUUGUGGUGGCCGAUGCAGACCCAACGGCCGAGCCGACAUGCAUCGAGUACAACUGGAACGGGACAAGCGUUGUUGCUACCCUCAACGACGACUACGCGUAUCUGCUCGCCGACCGCGACGACACGGCUGCUGCGGUCACACUCCGUCGCUACACUGGCGCCCGCAACUCGGAGACCGUCAAAAGCAUCGCCUUUCUUGGUGACCGCUCACAGUACAUUGUCUCGGGCUCGGACUGUGGCAACGCCAUGGUGUGGGAGACAAAGUCGGCGGAGCUCGCCUCCGUCCUCCGCCAUGCUGACCGCUACGUCAUCAACGCCAUCGCGCCGCACCCAUCGGGCUAUCCGCUCCUCGCCACCGCGGGCAUCGAGGACAACGUCAAGCUCUGGUGCCCGGACCUGGAUCAGCCGCGGUUUACCAUCGAUCCUGAACUCGAGAGUGUCCUCUCGCGUAACGUUCCCAGGUCUAUGAGCUCGUCAUCGAUGCCCUCGCUCUAUGAGCAAAUGUUCGAGUUCCUCUCCGCUACCGACUUUGACGUCAACCUGUUACAGACCUUGCUCGACCAGGAGGACAACGAGGACGAGGACGAGGCCGGGGUCGAGGGCGAGGCCGGGGACGAGGACGAGGUUGACGACAGCAGCUCUGGUGGCGCCGGCGGCGAUGGCGCCAGCUCCGACUACUCGGAAGAGUACGUCGACCCGCGGACGUUGCCCGGGAGUGGCAGCGAGAACAGGUGAGCAGGGCAAAAGCCGGCAGAGGCCGCGCUGGGCUCACUGCGGGUUAGCGAGCCACUGCUUCUCAAAGGCAGAGCCAGCAACCAUGACGUGGAAGGUUGGCAGCUGCGGCAUGACGUAGCCAGGGAGGGUAAUGGCCUGCAGCAGGGUGGUGGACAUGUCGAGGCGGACGGGUUUGAUGCCGCGGGCGACGCGCUUGUGGAAGACCUUGGCCUCAGCCUCGUCGAGCGGCGGAGUCAUGCACGGCAUGGCGUAGAUGGCCAGCGUGGAAAAGACGUAGCUGUUGGUCGAGUCCCAUGGGAGCGGCGCGCCAGUCGGCGGGUACAGCUCGGUCAGAUGCGAGCCAAACGUGUCCAGCUCGCCAAAGACCUGGAUAAAGUCGGUCUGGCCAAA